GGCAGAUUGCAGAUAUGCAGGCAAACCAAAACAGAAUGUAUGCAGAGAAUGAUAGUCUAAUGCUCAAGAGUGAAAAUGGCAGAACAGACAGCAGCAAGGGCAAGGGCUUCCCUACCAAAGACAGCAGAAACUGAAACUUUAGCCGAAGUAGCAGACCAUAUGACGGUGGCAGUUGUGGAAUAUACAAACCAGAGUGUGUAUAUUGGAGAAAUGGAGGGAAACAUGAUGACCUUUGCCCGUCGGCCAGUCGGAAAACUAACAAGUUCUCUCAACGUAAAAAAUAAACAGAGCGUGAUUUUGAAUCCCUUGGACAAAAUGAAAAUUAAUCGUCGAUUUUUAAUUGCAAAAUUCGAAGGAUGUAAGAAAGACGACGUAAUACAAUUAUCGGAAAUUCAGAUUCAACUUAUAAAUCAGUCCGUAGCUUCGUAUUGUUCCAAACAAGCUUCAGACAUCUAAAACCUCAUAUAUUUGGUAUGAUCAUAA